AAUAAAAUGUCUUAUGGAAGUGUCCCCUAUACAAAUCCUCCUCCAAAUUAUGAUGAAGAAUCAAAUCGGCCUUUACUAGGCUCUUAUAAUAAUGAUGAUGACAUGUUUAAAGAAGUGGUUGCAAAUAGUUCAAAAGAAGUUCGUCUUCAAUUUGUAAGAAAAGUAUAUUCUAUUUUAGCAAUGCAAUUGUUAGCAACUACUAUUUUGUCUACUUUUUAUUUAUUUAACCAUUCUGCUAAAUUAUGGGUUCAGUCAAACCAGUGGAUGCUUAUUGUGUCAAUGAUUGGUACAUUGGGUCUAUUAUUUGCUUUGUUUUGGAAGGCAAGAUCCUAUCCUUUAAAUUAUGGUUUACUGUCUCUGUUUACUCUACUUGAAGCACAUGCUAUAGGAACGAUAGUCACAUUCUAUAAUCAAAAAAUUGUAUUGCAAGCUUUGAUAAUUACUUUGGGUGUUUUUAUCGGCCUUACUAUAUUCACACUUCAAUCAAAAUGGGAUUUUACUGGAUUAGGGCCAUUUUUGUAUGCAGGUAUUUGGAUCUUAGUUAUUGCUGGUCUUGUACAAAUGUUCCUUCCUUUCUCUAAAGGUAUUCAACUUGCAUUUGCUAUUGGUGGUGUAAUUAUCUUUAGUGGUUAUAUUCUGUUUGAUACUUAUUUGAUCUUCAACAAAUACUCUGCGGAGGAUUACAUUAUUGCAUCUGUCAGUCUUUAUUUAGAUGUUAUUAAUCUUUUCCUUCGAAUCUUGGAAAUUUUGGAUUUAAUGAGCCGCGAUAACUAAUAUUGUACAAAUAAACAAGCAAAAAAGGAACAUGUGUUAUUAUUGCUCUAUAUAAAACUAUAAAAAUAAAAAGAGAAGUUUCUAUUAAUGAAA